ACAAUAAACCCUAGCAUUUGCCCUUUUACUGUUGCUAUAUAUUUCCUAGAACCCUAACCCUGUGCUGCUACUGCGACGUGGUGAUCGCAAAAUGGAGCUGUGCACAGCUCGAGGCACCCCGACCCCGAUCCUUCCUCCGUCGCAAAACCCCAAGCACUUCGCUACGAGCCACGUUCAAUUUCAACCCGUCCUCCGUUGCAAAACCCAUUUUCCUUUCCUCCAGAACCACACCCGCGUAUUCUCUGGGUCGCAUUAUUGCCGGAAUUUAUCUUUGAGGUCGACAUCUGAGGAAACAUCGGCUGGCACAACGCCGUAUGUCAAAGACGAGCCUAAACCUGACAGUGUAAUAACUGAGGGAGAUAGUCAGCCUCUUCGGAACGAAGAAGAUUAUGAUUCCCAACAAAAUGAAGCACCACAGGAAGGUUCAUUGCUAGAGAAUCUGGAACUGUUUAAGUUCUUGGAGGACCUUGAUAUAAAGUUUGAUUAUGAGGACACGUAUUCAAUUCUCGUCUUUGGUGGUGGUGGUGCAGUUGCACUUUGGUUAUUAGCUGCUGUUGUUAGUGCCAUUGAUUCGAUUCCAGUGUUUCCUAAAGUAUUGGAACUCGUAGGUCUUGGCUACACUCUCUGGUUCAGCUCUCGCUAUCUAGUUUUCAAGAAAAAUAGGGAUGAGUUGGUUGCUAAAAUUGAACAGAUUAAGCAGCAGGUCCUGGGUUCAAAGGAUGAGUAGAGCUGAACUUGGACAUACCAACUGUAAUUUUCUACCCGUUCGUCGAUCACUCAUUUUACUCUGUUUACUGAAACAUGUUGCAUUGGCACGGCAAGUUGUACAUGUAAAUGAGCUUGUGGGUUCGAAAUGUAUGCCUGGGGGUGGAUUCAAACUUUGUGAAUGAACGGCAGGUUUCAGCCCUAGUUUUGUUGAAGCCUUUGUUUUUGUUUCCUCUCCUUUAUAUUGGCCAGAAAUGCUAUGCGGUAAUGUACAAAGGUGCGCUUACGAGCCAUCGGGAUACUCCCGUACAUGCACCCAGUCCACAAAACCACUUGGAACCUCCGAGAUAGAACUAGGAUGAUGUAGUUAUGUCAGAUAUCGUAG